AGCCAAUCCCCAAGACCCGUCUGCCAUUGGUUGGCUCGGUUCAACUGAAUUCAACUCGGGCACUGCGGUGCGUACUGUGGAUCCACGGGUACUGCUGAAAAAUGGCCGGGGCCGCGAUAGUUCCUUUUGUAACUCGCUAAAUUCAAAAUUAUCGCAGUUACCUAUUUUAUCUCUGAUUAUAGAAAGAAGAAAAGGUGCGGACAUUUUACACCUUUUUGAUACAACAUCGGUGACUUUUGCGUGAUCGCGAUUUAUAAGUGGAUCUGCGUUUGCUUGGAUGAGGUUGUGACGCUUUCAACGAUUUACAAGUUUGGUUAGCUGACGGCUAGGCUAGGCUAUAGUUAGCCGAUAAUGCUAUUAGCCUAGUUAGCACGCUUGCGAGCGUUUAUUUUAACUACGUUUGACUUAUCCGUAUUUUAUCUUUUAGACAGUUUCUUAAACGUCGUUUAUUCUCAUCUAUAUUCACCCAGCUUCGAGGCAAACGAUGUUAAAGCGGGGCCCUUUGGUUUAGUGUAGUUGUUAGUCCGUCUAGCUAACGAGCUAAUGUUACAAACAAGUAGUUGCUAGUUGGCUUGUUUGUGUGCUAGCUAACGUUAGCAACUUAACCUGUGUUGGCCAACCCACAGUUUCGGCAAGCUAACCCUAAAUUACGGUCACUAACAAACUACUGCUGUGGAUAGAGCCGCUGUGUCUGUAAUCAUGUUUGAAAUGGAGACGCAUAUAUCAUGCCUUUUCCCGGAGAUAUUGGCAAUUAUCUUCAGCUAUCUGGAAGUUAAGGACAAAGGACGAGUGGCCCAAGUUUGCGCGGCCUGGAGAGACGCAUCGUAUCACAAGUCUGUGUGGAGGGGAGUCGAAGCCAAGCUCCAUCUCCGCAGAGCGAACCCGUCCCUGUUCCCCAGCCUCCAGACCCGGGGAAUCAAGAAGGUCCAGAUCCUUAGUCUGAGACGAAGUCUCAGCUACGUGAUUCAGGGGAUGCCGCAAAUCGAAAGCCUUAACUUGUGCGGGUGCUUCAACCUCACGGACAACGGACUGGGACAUGCUUUUGUACAGGAUAUUCCAUCCCUGCGAGUGCUCAACUUGAGUCUUUGCAAACAGAUAACGGACUCUAGCCUGGGCAGAAUAGCCCAGUAUCUAAAGAACUUGGAGGUGCUUGAACUCGGUGGAUGCAGCAAUAUCACCAACACAGGACUGUUGCUUAUUGCCUGGGGCCUCCACGGACUUAAAAGCCUUAACCUUCGCAGUUGCAGGCAUGUGUCUGAUGUGGGCAUUGGACAUCUGUCCGGCAUGACUCGGAGCGCUGCUGAGGGCUGCUUAUCUUUGGAGAAGUUGACUCUCCAGGACUGCCAGAAGUUGACUGAUUUGUCCCUCAAGCACGUCUCUAAGGGCCUGAAUAAGCUAAGAGUGCUCAAUCUCAGUUUCUGCGGAGGUAUUUCAGACGCGGGGAUGAUCCAUCUCUCCAACAUGACCCACUUGUGCAGUCUGAACCUGCGGUCCUGUGACAACAUCAGCGACACAGGAGUGAUGCAUCUGGCGAUGGGGUCUCUCAAGCUUUCUGGCCUGGAUGUAUCGUUCUGCGACAAAAUAGGUGACCAGAGCCUUGCCUACAUUGCCCAGGGACUCUACCAGCUCAAGUCCCUUUCCCUGUGCUCGUGUCACAUCAGCGACGAUGGCAUCAACCGGAUGGUCCGCCAGAUGCACGAGCUGAGGACUCUAAACAUCGGACAGUGUGUGAGGAUCACGGACAAAGGUCUGGAGCUGAUAGCUGACCACCUGACCCAGUUGACAGGGAUUGACCUGUAUGGGUGUACAAAGAUCACCAAGAGAGGGCUGGAGAGGAUAACGCAGCUCCCGUGCCUUAAAGUGUUAAACCUGGGACUAUGGCAGAUGACAGAAUAACACUUUUGUUGUGAGUUUCUUGGGGGUUGGUCUCUUUCAGUUGUGAGCAUUGUUUUAUACAGCAAAGAUAUAUUGUACGGCGGUUACUGUCAUGUUUGGGUUAAAACGCAGAGGUUACCAACAUUAAUCACGGGAAAAGAGCAGGUCCUCUGCGAUGUCUCCUUGUUUUGAUAGGGUUUCAUUCCAGUCCACUGUCUUAGCAGUCUAUAACUCGGGCCUACGUUAAGUUCUUAAUAGCUAGCUACCUCACACAUUAAGAAACAGGAGUGCCUACUAAAAUUGAAAUUAAAACAAGGCAUCGCAUUUUAUUUGUCCUAUUCCUUUGUUUUAUACUGCGUACAAUGAUGCGUAAACACUUUCAUUAUUUGGAGAGAAAUAAGACAGGACUACCUUGUGUGGAAGAACAUUUUUGAUAGAAAAUGCCUUCUGUGGCCGAUGUAUUUUUCCUUAUGUAAAACAUAUUUUUUUGUAACGAAUGACUGUUGUCCAGAAAAUUGUACUUCAAAUUGAAGUGAUUUGAUUGUAUUUUUCAUUUAUUUCUUUAAUUUUAUUAUAGAAUGUUUAGCGCAGUUUUGUAUUCCUGCGGAAUGCCAGAUAUCAGAUAUUUUUAAAUGUUACUUUUAACAGUCGUAUUGUGCAGAGCGGACAUGCUUACCAGGAACAGCUGGCAAUCUAAUAUGCAAUAUCUCAACGCACCAGUCCUUUUCCUCCUAAGGAGCUUCCACUAUACCAUAAAAAGUAUGAUUAAAAACAGUAAUUUAACGUUUUUAUAUUCCUACUGUAGUAAUAUUUAUGAAUAAAGUGAGUUAUGUUUCAAUU